CUGGGCGCCUGCGUAUCAAGCUUCAUACGCUGCCAGAGUAUCAAAUAACUCCCCAAGCCGGAUCUAAUCCCAAACGGUUCGAACAGAAUUCAAAUAAAGGCGGGAAUUGAUGGCUUGUUCGUUCAAGGCAUGCCCCACCCCCGCCAAAUCCUGGCCCUUCUCCAAUCCUCUGCCAGACACCAGAUCCCAUCCAACGGCAAGCAACUCCACGCCCACAUCAUCAAAUUCGGCCUGCAACGAUGCAGGCCCCUGCCUAACAACCUCAUCCACAUGUACGGACAAUGCGGCCUCCUCCUCGACGCCCUCCGCCUGUUCGACGAAAUGCCGCAUCGAGACGCAGUCUCCUGGGCCUCCAUCCUCACUGCCCACACCCAGUCCAACCGUCCAGAGCAAACGUUAGCUAUCUUUCCCACCAUGCUCACCGUCGACCAAAUCCAACCGGAUAAUUACAUUUUCGCCACUCUCGUGAAGGCCUGCACUAAUGGACCUGCCGUCAAGCAGGGAAAGCAAGCACAUGCCCGCUUCCUCUUAUCUCCAUUCUCUGACGAUGCAGUCAUGAAAUCCGCUCUUGUUGAUAUGUAUGCAAAAUGUGGUUUACCCGAUGAUGCCCGUCAGGUAUUUGACUCGAUUUCUGAGAAGAAUUCUGUUUGUUGGACAGCGAUGGUUUCUGGGUAUGCCCGAAACGGGCGGAUUUCAAAUGCUAUUGAGCUUUUCUGGAGGAUGCCUGUGAGGGAUCUGUUUUCUUGGACAGCAUUGAUUUCUGGAUUUGUGCUGACUGGUGAGAGCUUUGAUGCAUUGAAGCUGUUUGCAGAAAUGCGGUGUGAAAGCAUCCAAAUUGAUGACCCCUUCAUUCUUUCUACUGUCAUCGGAGCUUCUUCUAACUUGGCAGCAUUGGAAAUGGGAAAGCAACUUCAUUGUCUUGUUGUAGUUCUUGGAUACAAAUCGAGUAUGGUUGCUAGUAAUGCUCUUGUUGACAUGUAUGCCAAAUGUAGUGAAAUUUUAGCGGCAAAACGAGUCUUCGGAGAAAUUCCCCAAAGAGAUGUUGUUUCUUGGACGACAAUGAUAGUUGGGAUGGCCCAGCAUGGUCAAGCUGAAGAAGCACUGACUUUGUUCAAUGACAUGGUUGCCACAGGACAAAAACCAAAUGAGGUGACAUUCGUCGGCCUAAUAUAUGCUUGUAGCCAUGCAGGUUUAGUAGACAAAGGCCGCUACCUUUUUAGUUCGAUGAUCAAAGACUACAAUAUCACUCCUUCAUUACAACAUUACACGUGCUUGUUGGAUCUUUUCAGUAGAUCAGGCCAGCUUGUUGAGGCAGAGAAUCUCAUCAGGACAAUGCCAUUUGAGCCCGAUGAAGCCACAUGGGGCGCAUUACUAAGUGCUUGUAAGCGGCAUGGAAAUACCCAAAUGGGAAUUGAAGUGGCAAACCAUCUUUUGACCUUAAAACUGCAGGACCCAUCGAUUUAUAUACUACUAUCGAAUACAUAUGCGAGUGCAGGCAUGUGGGACUGUGUAUCUCAGGUGAGGAAACAGAUGGCAGUUAAGGCAGUUAGGAAAGAGCCAGGAUACAGUUGGGUUGAGUUGGGUAAGGAAAGCCAUAUGUUUUGCGCCGGUGACGUGUCACAUCCAAUGAGGGAUGAGAUUCUCAGGUUGUUGGGGGAACUGAGUAUGGAGAUAAAGAAGAGAGGGUAUGUGCCCGAUACAAGCUUUGUGUUGCAUGAUUUGGAACAGCAGGAGAAAGAAGAGCAGCUGUUUUUGCAUAGUGAGAGGUUGGCUGUUGCACUUGGACUGCUUAAGGCCGUGCCAGGAACCCCGAUUCGCGUGGUGAAGAACCUCAGAGUAUGUGGGGACUGUCAUGUGGUUUUGAAGAUGGUUUGUAACAUUGUAGGGAGAGAGAUUGUGGUGAGAGAUGCUAAUAGGUUUCACCAUUUCAAGGAUGGACAAUGCUCUUGUGGUGAUUUUUGGUGACAUUGGAUUGAAAUGGAAAUUAUAGCUUAUUUUUGCAUUCUUCACAGCGGGCGGUAGAGAUUAAAAACACUCAAAAACUCAACUCGAUGUAUGGCCAGGUCGGGUCGACCUGGAAACUCGAAGAGUUGACGGAGUCUUAACUUGACUCGAGUUGAUAUUUAAAUAAUUAAAUUUAGAGUAUUUGGUGUGACUUUAAAAUUUUAAAUUGUUUUAAAUACAUAAAUUAGAUAGAAA